AUGUAUAUUGAAUAUUUGAAGGAGCCCAAAGACGAUUUAUAUUUGAGGAAACUUUCGCUUGCAUCCUACAGUGAAAGCUGUAAAAUAUUUCUUACUGAAAGUAACUACAAUUUUUUUGGAAGUUUCAACGAAUCACAGGAAGGCACCUCGAUAGAUAUAGAAAAUGAUGAAAAUAAAGGCAUUUCGUUCUCAGAUGAAUAUAAAAUCACAAUUAAAAAUUUUAAAGAAAAACUUGACAAAUUAGACGAAGAAAUAGAAAAGUAUUCUGAAGAAUGGCCAUUAGAAAAACAGUUUUGCAAACUUUAUAGCCUUAUAUAUGCCUUGGUUCGAAAUAAAAUAUUGAUGGAAAAUAAAAGAUGGAAAGAGGAACUUGACAAGAAUAAAUCUAUGCCUAGACAUGUGAGGAAUCUAACUAGAGUUGGAUAG